AUGUCUAAUCCUAUCUCGUUAAAGGGAUCUACAAGAGCAGUCACAGAAUUCUUUGAAUACAGCAUUAACACUAUCCUCUAUCAGAGAGCUGUGUACCCUCCAGAGGAUUUCACCACGGUUAAGAAAUAUGAAAUGAACUUGCUAAAGACCCAUGAUGACGAAUUGAAGGACUACAUAAGGAAAAUACUAUUGCAGGUACAUAGGUGGUUACUUGGUGGCAAAUGUAAUAAGCUGGUGCUUGUGAUGGUGGACAAGGAUGAAGGGGAUGUGGUUGAAAGGUGGGAAUUUGAUGUACAGCACAUCACGGAUAGCGGUAGUGAGGAGCAAUCGGAGCAUAAUAAUGACUUGGAAGAAACACAAAAGCAGAUUCGAGCAUUGAUGCGGCAAAUAACCGCCAGUGUUACAUUUUUACCAGAAUUAAAAAAUGAGGGAAAUUAUACAUUUAAUGUGUUGGCAUACACAGAUGCAAAUGCAAAUGUACCAAUGGAAUGGGCUGAUUCUGAUGGGAAGGAGAUCGCUGACGGAGAAGUUGUUCAGUUCAGAAAUUUUAAUACUGGUGAUCACAGAGUGAGUGCACAAGUUAGUUAUAGAUUUAAUCGCUGA